CUACACAGUGAAUUCCAGGGCGGAGCGCCGAGCACAGCUGUCACCUCCUCUGGUCCACCCGACUGGCUUUCACGUGCGUCCCGUAGUCAAUACCAGCUCUCCUUCCGGGACUUCCUGGCCGCUUCGUCCAAUCGCAGAGUUCUUCCCGUCCCGCACCAUUGUCAGCCGGCCACCAAUCGGCGCGCCUCUGUCCACGCCCCUUAAAGGCGCCGCCGUCUCCUCGGGAGAGCCUGGAGACGGGCCCAUUGCUGGGUUCCGGCCCCCACCCCGUAGUAUGGAGUCGUCCCGGGGGCGGCCGAGGCCAGAGCUGGACCUCUUGACUGUCGUUGAACAGCAAGCUUCGAUUCCGAGCGGCUGGCCCACCCGGACGCCCUGCACGCCGUCCUCAGCCCCGAGCGGGUCGGGGGAAGAGGUUGAGAACGUUGCGGUCGCGAGCCGUCAUCACUCCACAGCGUCCCUGAUCACUUCAGGCGGUAGCAUCGGUCCCCGGCCGGAACGGGAAGCUUGGCAAGAGCAGUCCGGCUCGGGAACCACACCGUCCGGGUCCGGGGGGCGCCGGGGGACUCCGGGUUCCGAGUACGACCCGCCCCUGUCCUCCCGACCCCCGGGGAACACUGAGCUGGGGGAGGAGCGGCCUGCGUGGGGCUGGGUGUGCCGUCGAGGGGGCGCUGGAGGCGUGGAGAUGAACGCCGAGCUGGCGCCGCGGGAGGAGGAAGACCACGAUCACGACGACGAGGAGGAUGAGGAAGCGGCGGGGGCCGGCCGGGCUGGCCGCUCGUUUUCCAGCCGCCUCCAGGACAGCCGCAGCCUGGACGGGCUGAGUGGGGCGUGCGGAGGCGGCGGGGCGGCGGCGGCGGCUGGGGGUGCUGCGGAACCCGGCGCCGGCGGCGGGCGUCGAGCCACGAUCUCCAGCCCCCUGGAGCUGGAGGGUACGGUGAGCCGUCACGGCGACCUCACCCACUUUGUAGCCAACAACCUACAGCUCAAGAUCCGUCUGAGUGGCGCCCCUCCCCCCCUUCCCCCGGCCCCCGUGCGGCCCUGCCAGACUCCAGCGCCCACUCCUACUAUCCCUCCCAUCGACCCCGACGUGCUGCGGGAUCUGGAGAGGCUGAGCCGCGACCUGGGCGGCCGAGUGGACCGUCUGCUUCGCGGGCUGGGUGGUGCGGUGCAGGAGCUGACGGCUCUGAGCGUGGGCUGCAUCCAGACCUACCGUGACGCCGUGGACUCCUUAGGCGAAGCCGUGGACAUGAGCAUCAAGGGCAUGUACACUCUGCUGGCGCGCUGCGAGGAGUUGGAGCGGGCUCUGCAACCAGUUCAGGGGCUGGCGCGGCAAGUCCGAGAUAUCCGACGCACCCUGGAGGUGUUGGAGGCCCUAUGCAAGUGACUCGGGGAGCACAUAGGAGGCCAUGCCUGGUCUGGCCAGGGCUAGGGCCCAGAAGGACUGUAGAAGGAGCCCUAGUGGGAAGUACCUGCUGAGAGGAGACCUGUGCAUUGGAGGUUCUUCUGAAGCCUUUAGCUGCCCUGUGCACACUCACUGAACUUAAGGAAUGUGUGUGGGGAGAUUCUCCUGGUGGGAGUGGAUGCUGCUCUGCUUCUAUUCAGUUGGCUAUCACUACCCAGUUCUUUCUAACUCUUUUCCUAUUCCUCAUCCUGAGGAACACUGGGCUUUAGGUCUACGCUGGAGGGUAGGGACAUACUCCCAUAUGUAAUGAGGAGAAGUAAACAGAUGAGGCCCCAGUUCCUCUGUGGCCAUCCGUAUUCAAGUGGCCCUACCUCAGGUGCCUCAGAGGCUUUCGGAGCAGUGGUACUUGGCCACACAGUAUACAAGCAAGGAAGCACACCGCAGAUGGAAAGAUAGAUCUUGCUUCUUCCUUCUGGUCCCCUACAACACCACAGGGUGGAGCUAAGAGGAUUGCUUUGCAUGGUGGAUUGAGGUGGGAGGUGUCUCACUGCUGUCAGGGUUCAGGUAGAAUUGUCGCUGGUUUUGACGUCCACCUGUUAUGGAGUGUUCCAAUCAGUUUGGCUUUCUGAGUUUUUUGUUUGUUUGUUUGUUUUUGUUUUUCUUUCUGUGUGUGUGCGCGUGUGUGUGUGGAAUUAAAGUGCUGCUACUGCUGAA